AUAAGCUCGGAGCGGCGGGGGACGAUGCGGAGAAGGUCCAUCGAAAUCAACCGCUGCGGGCAAGUCGCUAAGAGCGCCGCCAGCCGAUUGGAGAGCACUGUGCGAGGCGGGACAGCUAGCUGCCCGCAAAAAAAAAAGAGUGAGAGCGGCUGGCGGGCAGCUGGCAGAUGUAACUUGGCAGCUGCAUCAUCAUCUACUUGUUUUUUUUCCUUUGACGUGUGCCACUCUACUCACUUCUUCAUUCAUCAUCCUCUUUAGCAAUUUUUAUUCAUUUCUAGUGCUUCAUCAACUCGGACACACCACAUACACACACACACACACACACAUCAUGGCUCCUCUUACAACAAAUCUCCGUGCCCCCAACGGCUUCAACAUCACACUCCCCACCGGCCUCUUCAUUAACAACGAAUUCGUGCCCGCCACAUCUGGCCAGAAGAUUACCAGCAUUUCUCCCAUUAACGGCGAGAAGAUUUGCGACGUCGAUGCCGCUUCCCCCGCAGAUGUCGACAAGGCUGUUGCUGCCGCCAGCGCCGCCUUCAACUCUAGCGCAUGGCGCGACAUCACCGGCCACGAGCGCGGUGCUCUGAUGCACAAGCUCGCUGAUCUCGUUGAGAAGAACGCCAAGACCCUUGCCACCAUUGAGACCUGGGACAACGGCAAGCCUUACCUCGUUGCGCUCAACGACGAUAUUGGCGAGGUUCUUUUCUGCCUCCGCUACUACGCUGGCUUUGCCGAUAAGCUUCACGGCCAGACCAUCCCCACCAACAAGAACAAGUUUGCAUACACUCUCAAGCAGCCUCUUGGUGUUUGCGGUCAGAUCAUCCCUUGGAACUACCCUCUCGCCAUGGCUGCCUGGAAGCUUGGCCCUGCUCUUGCUACUGGCAACACCAUUGUCAUGAAGCCUGCUGAGCAAACCCCUCUUUCAAUUCUCUACUUUGCCAACCUUAUCAAGGAGGCUGGAUUCCCUCCUGGUGUCAUCAACAUUGUCAACGGUUUCGGCAGGGAUGCUGGAUCUGCUCUCGUCAAGCACCCUGAAGUUAGAAAGGUUGCCUUUACUGGUUCCACCGCCACCGGCCGCGAAAUCAUGAAGAUGGCCUCUGGCACCAUGAAGAACAUCACCCUCGAGACCGGCGGCAAGUCUCCUCUCAUCAUCUUUGAGGAUGCCGAUAUUGAUCAGGCUGCUAAGUGGGCGUACAACGGUAUCCUCUACAACCAGGGUCAGGUCUGCUGUGCUACCUCUCGCCUGCUUGUCCACGAGUCCGUCGUCGACAAAUUUGUCCAGCGCUUCACAUCCGUCAUCAAGGCCCAGGCCAUCACUGGUGACCCCUUUGCCGAGUCAACUACCCACGGCCCCCAGGUUUCAUCUGCUCAGUACGACAAGAUCUUGGGUUUCAUUGCUGGUGCUCGCAAGCAGGGAGCCAAGCUCGAGCUCGGUGGUGAGUCUGCUACCCCUACCGCCGGUCGCGGCAAGGGUUUCUUCGUCCAGCCUACCGUCUUCUCGGGCGUCACCUCGAAGAUGGAUAUCUUCCAGGAGGAAGUCUUUGGUCCCGUGGUCACUGUUACACCCUUCAAGACCGAGGAGGAGGCUAUUGCGCUCGCCAACGACUCCAUCUAUGGUCUCGCUGCCGCUCUCUUCACUGCCGACAUUGCCCGCUCGCACAAGGUAGCAGAGCGCCUGGAGGCUGGCAUGGUCUGGGUCAACUCUUCCAACGACUCGGAUCCUUGUGUUCCCUUUGGUGGUGUCAAGCAGAGUGGUAUUGGCCGCGAGCUGGGUGAGGCUGGUCUUGCCGGAUACCUCGAGACCAAGGCUGUGCACAUCAACAUUGGCUCAAAGCUGUAAAUUAACAAAUAGUAGUAAAAUCUCUCAUGUAUUUAAAAUAGCGCAAAAUGAAUCUAUUUCUUGAACU